UAUCUGCAGACAACUUCUUCGUCCGACAAGGAAGGAAAGUCUUGUGACAAUGCAAGGGACUGAUUUAAAUGUUUUCCAUUGUUUUGCUUCCCGGUUUCGUGAUUUCAUCUGUUGCUGCUGAUUAAAAGCUUGUACUUUUUUGCUAAUUCGGUCAUGUGGUCACCUCGAGAACCCCAUCUCUGCGAUCGUACUCGAGGCAGAAAAGUGCAAGAUAAGAGAAACAAACUUCCACACUGUAUUGACACUCUACACAUGAGGCAUUCAAGGGCAGACAGAAACAAGGAGGGAUCUACGAAGACAAAAGAGCUACCGCUGGACGUCUAACUACUUACAACUAACCUACACGUAUAAUAAUGUGUAGAAAAUAGAAAUAGUCCACAGAAAAGUUUAAAGACAUCGAAUUGUGUAGUUGUGAGCCCCGUAAAACACUUACAAAGAAAGAAAGAAAAAAAGACAUCGAAUUGACACUUAAUAUAUAUGACCUUAUUGUGUUGCUAGUGCCUCAAAACUCUAACUAAAACUAACCCCCCCCCCAAAAAAAAGAGAGAGAGAAAAAAAAGCCAUCGGUGACCCAGCAAGAUGGAAGCGUCUUCUCCCACCACCCCGCCGGAGACGUACGACGACCAGAAACCUCUUCUGGAAAACUCUUCCGACGCUGUCAACCCGUCCAUACAGAACGACAACCUGGACGAGCCGGCCGACGUCGAUGUCGACCCACGAGUCGUUGAGAGGUCAAGGCCAAAACAUGUCAAGGUCACCAUCGAGAAGUUCGCGUUCGUCCUUCUCAACCUGAUCGGCAUCCUGAUCAGCUGCUCAGGUCGUCUGCACAGCCCGCUGGUGGACCAGUACCUGUACAAGGUGUUCGCCGGGCCGUUGGCGGGAAACCAGAGCCAGCACACUGCCAG